UUAUUCAAGAGAAUUUGAACCUCUAUUGUCGAACUUUUGAGGAACACAAACUUCCCAACAAAUUGUCCGUACAAGUAAGUUCUCAUUCCUCAUUAAUCUCAUGAUUUGAAUACUAUGGUAUGGAAACAAUGUGCUGCUAAAAAUCCUUAAAAUCAAAGAAAGUACAAGACCAAGAUAACUCCCAUUAAAAUAGAAAACUUAUUUCACUGCUUUUGAUACGGAUGUACUUUAUUUAAUUUGUAAGAAUAUGACAUGGGAUCCUAACAUCCUGCUUGCAGGUAUCAGGAAUCAAAUGAGGGAAGUUUCCCCUCACUCAACCUUACUCACAAGGAAGUUGGUGGAUCUUUCUAUACAGUGCGGGAGAUUGUACGUGAUAUAAUCCAAGAAAAUAGAGUUCUUGGUCCAGGAAAGUUGUCACUAGAAGAGCACAGCACGGAUCAUUUACUUGAAGAGAAUCCACUGCACUCAAUUGCUAUUGAACCUCAAUCUCCUUUAACGUCGCCCUCAGAGGAAUUUGAUUUUCCAAUCAACCACAACCAUUGUAUAAAUGAAGAACCAAUCAUUGUUUCAGAUGAGGAGCAAUACACUUCAAAGAAUAUUCAGGGAUCACAGAAUGGGGUCAUAAUUAACGGCAGUCUGGUGGAUGCCAGUGACAAGGAUUCUGAUGAAUUUAUCCAGACAGAGUUGCCAGUAAAUGAACACAAGAAAAUAGAGGAAGUGUUGAAAGAGGAAUCAGGAAUGCCUAUUAAUCAUGUAACUCCUUUGGCUGUAGAUGUCAAGGUAGGGACAUUCCCGUUGGAUUCAUUUUCUUGGGCUGCUAAUGGUUCAGAUGUAAUAUCUGAGACUUUGAUUUCAACCGAUGCCUCGGAAAAGAAAGUUAGUCAAACCAUCGAGUUAGAAUCAGAUGUUAGCUUGUUUAACAGUGAAGAUAAUAAUUCCACGAAAGCUUCUGGUCGGGCAGAUGAAAAGGCAUUAUCAGAAACAAUGUCUGAUUUGGUGGAGGUAGCACAAAUUGUUGAAGAUACUGAUGGAACUAUUAUGAAAGAUGGUCGCAUACAUGAAGUUGACGGUCCUGGGUUGGAAAUUUGCACUGAUACUCCAAUAUCUGUGACCUUUGAACAAGGCCAGAAAUCUAGUGAAAUAAAGGCUCCGAAUGCUUCUCCGAGCGGUACCAAGAAUCUCAACGAUUCACGCAACAAUGGCAUCGAUCAGGCUUCAAAAAUCAAAGAGGAGACAGAGGUUAAAAAUAAAGUAGAGGCAGAACAGACUGGUGGCUCCCAGAAAGAAAGCAUUCCAACACUAAAUAGACUUAAUCUCAAAUCAUGGCAUGGGACGUCAAAAGAUUCUUCAAAACCCGAAAACAACCCGCUUUUGGAAAUCCUCAACGCAUUCAUUGCUGCCUUCGUGAAGUUUUGGUCCGAGUAAGUUCUAUGACUGUCAAUCGAAUAGAUAGAGAGUAGUAGUUAAUUUUUCCUGCCACAGAACCUGUCUGUCUGUGUACCAAACCUGCAAUCGGUUACCCCGUCGCCUCCACUCGGUCCCAUUGUCGAUAUUUAUGAAGAGAAAAACUGGAGGUGGGUUGGCAUUUCUGUACCCUGCAGUGUGAAAGAAAGCUUAGGAGUAGCAUAAAAGCCUGUAGAAGGGAUUUUCUUCUCUUUUUUUACUGUAAGCAUGAGAUGAUGAGAUACAUGUCGUCCCCACCGCCAUGGUUUUCUUCUAGAAAUGAAGAUUUUGCUCUAAUUAAUGCAUUAGCAUAUGAUGAAAAAAGGGUGAAAAGAGAAGGAAAAGGUCGAAGUAACGUGAGGGAGGAGCCUUUGUGUGUUAGGAAAACAUGGAAACAAGAGAGAAAGGCAUAUACAGAUUGGAGUUUUAAUAGGCACAUCUUCUUUGCCCUUU